AACUACUUACAACGACCACUUGCUAUUAAUAUCUCCUCCCCCCCAUUCCUGCCUUGGGGUUGUUUAAUUUCGCAUCGCCCCCCCCUUCCUUUAGACGAUCUUCCAAGUGUGAUUCUAUCGACCACCCGUGUCUCCGUGAGUGCCUUUGAUGACCUCCUUAUUCAAACCUCUGGCCAUUCGGUGGCUUAGCACCCUGUCAUUUCCAUAGGCGCGCAGUGGGGUUGGUCAUGAAAUGCUCAGGGUUGCCUGUUACGAAGUGACAGAUCAGCCUGAGCCUGACACACGAUGAUUUGUGAUGGUCUCCCGAGCCUCGUGCUGGGCUCUUGUUAGCAUAUACUAUGUCUUUUGAUUGAUUUCCUUUGCUUUGGUUUACAAUUAAUAAAGAGAGCGCCGGAUUCGAGGUACUUCGGCCGCUGUCGUUGGACCCCCUCGCCAUCCGUCAUCUGAUAGCAUUGCUACACAGAAAUCAUCUGAGAUCCAUGCUGGCCAUGAUUAAUUUAUACAAGAUCGGCAGCUUGUUCUAGUCCGCUCAUGUACUGACAGUUUACAUCUUCACAGCUUCAUUCCUUCGCUUCCGCCGCAAGUCCUUCCCUUGGUUAAUCUGCGGUAACUCUCAUUCGCCGCCGCCGCCGCCGACUCCCUCGUGUCACUUUGUCUUGACCUAUCCUUCUUUCCCCCUCAAACCCCGCGCCGACAAUCAAGCUGGCAGGGAACAAGCGGAGAAGUUUUUCUAGCCAGGGUGGGUUACUGAACAGAAUGUUCAGUGGCUCCUCGAGCCCACCCAAAGAGAGACUAGAUACCAUCCCCCACUCGACCGCCAUAGACACACCUUCUAAGGGCACGGUGACCGAAGAAGCCGGCGUAGCGCAGAAGAAAUUCUCUCCUCCCGGUGGAUUCUUUACACGACGAACGAGCGAAGACCAAGCCCCUGCUGCCGAGAAGAAGCGCCGGAGUAGCACGGUUACCAAAGCGGCCACUUUCUUCUCGAACGCUAAGAAUUCAUUAAGUCUGAGCAGUAGUCCUCGCGAAAGUUCCCUCGCCAACUACAAUCCUCGUCCCGCGUCAACGCUGCAAUCAGCCGGGAAUAUGGAUCCCGCCUUGAACGUUCCCCAGGGCUCAUUGAAUAAUUCGGCCGGUGAAUCGCUGCCGACUCUUCUUUCAUCAUUCAAGGUUGGCGUCACCGAAGAUCGGAAUCGAAAAUGUCGUCGGACCAUGGAGGAUACGCAUGCGUACCUCUACAAUUUCCUGGGAUCGCCUUCACCCUCGACUCCGGCCAAGUCCGGGGCCAACGAUGGGGGCGACGUUUCUCCGACCGCCGAGGACAACACCAGCGUUGUCGAGACCGAUAACGGUUAUUUCGCGAUCUUCGAUGGUCACGCGGGCACUUUCGCCGCCGAGUGGUGUGGAAAGAAGCUCCAUCUGAUCCUCGAAGAGGCCAUGCGAAAAAAUCCCAACACGCCGGUCCCGGAACUUCUCGAUCACACAUUUACCGCCGCUGAUCAACAAUUAGAGAAGUUGCCUGUGAAGAACAGCGGGUGUACUGCCGUUAUUGCGCUUUUGAGAUGGGAAGACAGAGUCUCGGGCACGAAUCCGGUGACGAAUUCUGCCAGCAAAGACGAUAGCAAUUCGGAAGCGGGGGAUACUCCCACGCAGCUGACCACCACCGGUGGUGGAUCGUUCCCGAAGUCGCAAGGCAAAGCCCAGCGUCAUCGUAUAUUGUACACAGCUAAUGUUGGAGAUGCGCGUGCCAUUCUGUCUCGCAACGGGAGAGCGCUGCGGUUGUCCUAUGACCAUAAAGGUAGCGACGAGAAUGAGGGCAAGCGGAUAGCUCACGCUGGAGGUUUAAUACUCAACAACCGGGUUAAUGGUGUCCUUGCGGUAACCAGAGCCUUGGGUGAUGCGUAUCUCAAAGAUCUAGUCACCGGGCACCCGUACACAACAGAAACGGUGAUCCAGCCGGAUUCCGAUGAGUUUAUCAUUUUAGCAUGUGAUGGGUUGUGGGAUGUAUGCAGCGACCAGGAAGCCGUAGACCUUAUUCGGAACGUCCCCGAUGCGCAGGAAGCAUCGAAAAUACUCGUUGACCAUGCUCUAUCGCGAUUCAGCACCGACAACCUAUCGUGUAUGGUGAUUCGAUUUGACACUGAGCGUGUGAAAAGCGUCGCCAACCGAGUCGUCGAGCCCAUCGGCGUUGACGGCGACCCGCCUACGAAUGUGGAACGCGGCGUGAGCGAAGCCGAGAAGAUCGUCGAGGGAGCACGAAAGAGCAUGGCCAACGCAGGGAUAUCAGACGACCCGGAGACCGCCGAAAAGGUCAACGAAGAAAUACUACAGAAGAUGUCGGACGAUGAAUCUGGGCCCGAGCUUUCAGUGAACGAGCACAGUGACACGCCUAUAGUAAAGCCGGCGGACAGCUCGCAAGGGUCCAAAUCUACCAACAAAUGAUUUUUUGCUAUCUUUUAAACGAAAGCUGUUCGAUGUGAUAUUGGCAUUAUCUUUUCAUCGGAAAGGAAGAUAGAGACUUUGCGAGAUUCAUUUCUGUAUUCAGACAAUGAAGUUAUUUUCUCCUAUUUCGCACGCUGCUAUUUCCUUUUCCAUUUCCCCGUCCUUUAAUCGGUUACUUCUUUUCUUUUUCUCAUCUCAGAUUUGUUGACAUGGAUACUGGGCCUUAUUGUAUCAAAGGAUUUAUUUGACUUUCCACUGCGUUGAUAUGGUAUUCUGCACAAGGGGGUCUACUGCAACACAGAUAUGUACUUCUUAUCUACUUACUCAUAGUACGCGCUUUUUAUUUAAUCAUGCGAUUUUCUUUCCUUCCGAGAUUACUUGCAUUAUCUGUGUCCCAACCCCCUUUAUGAAACGGAAUAGGCUAACGAGAUGCAGCUCUUUCGGUGCUCACUACCUGUAGUCAUUGUUCUCGACCCAUUUCCAAUGAUCAGUUUGUACUUAGCUGGCCAGCCUCAAUCAAUGUUUUUGGUUUCUGGUGUAUGUUUUGAACAUGAUCUAUUAACUAUCUAGGUAACCACGUCGUCAUUAACCAUGUCUAUGUAUUCAAUUGACGUAAGAUCGAUCCAUAUGCGCGUCAUAUUUGCUUUUUACUUCCAGAAGGGACAGCCUGUCAUCUCGAGUCUAACUGGUGUAUGAGGUAGGCCUGCGUUUCAUAAACAAAGUUUGGACCUGUUCAAUCUUGCGUCAACCUUGUUACCUACAUAUGCUCAC